AUGUCGGCAAUGGAUCAAAUGGAUGUUCAAAUGUAUUCUGAAUUUGAAUUUGAUAAGCUGGACAGGUUGGAGUGGAAGUUGAAUAAGAACGGAUCGAAGAAACUGCUGUCCAAAACUUUCUCGGACCUCCACCCAAUUUUGUGCACAGAAAAGUUGGUCAAGUUUUUCGCUCCAAUUUCCAAGGAGCCAGAAGCGAAAGUGUCUCAUUUCCCAAUGUCUGACAGUGACUUGGUUAUGCAGGUAGGCCAUUUUUUAUAUUAUUCAUCAGAAAAUUUGCAUAAAGAUUAAAAAUUAUUAAAAAAUUGAAUUUUAAUGUUUUUUUGUUUAAUCUUGCAUUCUAGUGUGUUCAAACCAUUUCUUCUCGUCUCGAAGUCCUUGAAAAUCCUCUGAAACACCUGCUGAAUGAUGAAGUAAGUUGUAAAAUACGUUUUUUAUUAUACUUAUCCAAUUUUUAGACUGAAUUGCGAUCCGAGGAAGAGUUAUUGGCCGAGAUGAUGGAAAUAAACCGAUCUGAAGACGAGAGGAUGCAGAGGAAGAAGUGUGGAGCCAUCAAGAAUGGUGCUAAGGUCCAUGAAGUGAUUGAAAAGGCACAAACCUUCUGCAUGAAGGAGCUGUUGCCUAAAAUACGACCAGAUCUCGUUAAAGAAGAACUUCCGCAAAUUGCUGAAGAGCCCAUAGAAGAGGAGGAUGAGGCUCCAAAGAAGAAGCGAGGACCUUACAAGAAAAAAAGUAAGAUUUCAUUUUUUAUGACGUUUUAUAAUACUUUAGGCCGUCUAAUAUAAUAUUUUUUAGAAAUCGAGGAUCCCGUGUUCAAACCUCAUCAUAGAAAUCUUGCCAACGGUACCUCUGUUAGUUCUAGAGGCCGUGUUUGCAAGAGGAUCUCCAAAGAAAGUCUCGAUUAUGAUCCAGUAAGUUUUUUACGGCCUUAAUUUGCAUUACUUUUUAGAAUCAGAAAUGCAAAAUGGUGCCUAAACCGAAGAAAGGAAGACCAACAAAGAAAGUUAAAAUUGAAGUUGAUGUCAAUACAACGGCUGAGAUGAAUUCCACAGCAGAUUCGAGCAAAAUGGAUGUUACUUUAGACAUCAUGGAGAGCCGAGAGAACAAUUCGAAUGACUUGAAUGGAGAGGAUGUGUAUAGAUGGCUGAAUACCACAGAAUCCGAGGCUAUCACAAGUCGGAAGAUGUGUUUCAGUCAGACUCGAGUAGUGGUGAGUGAUUUUUUAUAUUGUAGUAGGCAAAAAUGGAGCAAAGAUUUUUGCUUUUUUCCUUCAGAUUUUUGUUUAAAAUACGUUUAUCUUUUGUGGUUUCUAAUUUAAAUCUGAUUUAGAGUCCGUCGGAAGCCUCGUCCGACUCCGGCGUCGGCCCAUCCACUCCACCUGAUGUACCCAAAAAUAAUAUGAUUUCCAUACUCCUGCGACGACAAGGUUAUGGCUCAUUUGUCUGA